CACUCAACCAACAUGGCGGCGGCACCUCUACGAAGCGGUCUUCUCCGACAGACGGCGACAUGCUUGCGUCAGAGUCGUGCCACUUUCUCCCUCGGUCGUCAUGCAUCUACCCUCGCUGUCCUGGAGCAAAGAGAUGGUAAAUUGAACAUCAGCUCAUUGGCCUCCGUCUCAGCCGCACAGAAGCUUGGAGGAAGCAUUCACGGAUUUGUCGCCGGGUCCAACAUCAAGGGAGUCGCGGAGGAGCUCGCAAAAGUAGAGGGUCUCGAAAAGGUCAUUUUCGUGGACAAUGGCGCAUACGACAAGGGCUUGCCGGAGAACUGGGGCCCUCUGUUGGUCGAGAACAUCAAGAAGGGAGGAUACACACACGUCCUGGCCGGCCACUCAGCGUUCGGCAAGAACCUCCUCCCUCGCGUCGCCGCGCUCCUUGACGUCCAGCAGAUCUCCGACAUCACCGCCAUUGAAAGCGAGGAUACCUUCGUCCGACCUAUCUACGCCGGCAACGCCAUCCUGACCGUCCAGUCCGCUGAUUCACCGAAGAUCAUCACCGUCCGAGGAACCGCCUUCCAAGCAGGCUCGACGACGGGCGGCUCCGCCACUCUGGAGGAGGGCGCCGACCCCAAAGUCGAGUCGACCACCGAAUGGAUCAGCGAGGACCUCGCCAAGAGCGACCGACCCGACCUCGGCAGCGCCGACAAAGUCGUGUCCGGCGGCCGCGGCCUGAAGUCGAAGGAGGAAUUCGACCGCAUCAUGCCGCCGCUGGCCGACGCCCUGGGGGCCGCCAUCGGCGCCAGCCGUGCGGCCGUCGACUCGGGAUUCGCAGACAACAGCCUGCAGGUCGGACAGACGGGCAAGAACGUGGCGCCGCAGCUCUACCUGUGCGCGGGCAUUUCGGGCGCGAUCCAGCAUUUGGCGGGAAUGAAGGAUUCCAAGGUCAUCGCGGCGAUCAACAAGGAUGCGGAUGCGCCGAUUUUCCAGGUCGCGGAUGUGGGACUUGUGGGCGAUUUGUUUGAGAAGGUGCCGGAGUUGACGGAGAAGCUUAAGAAGUAG